UUGCUUUACCGGAACAGCCUAUCUCAUUCCUUUCCUUCGAUUACCCGUGGCGCGGAGAGUCAGGGCGGCGGCUGCGGCAGCAAGGGCGGCGGUGGCGGCGGCGGCAGCUGCAGUGACAUGUCCAGCAUGAAUCCCGAAUAUGAUUAUUUAUUCAAGUUACUUCUGAUUGGUGACUCUGGUGUUGGAAAGUCUUGCCUCCUUCUUAGGUUUGCAGAUGAUACAUAUACAGAAAGCUACAUCAGCACAAUUGGUGUGGAUUUCAAAAUAAGAACUAUAGAGUUAGAUGGGAAAACAAUCAAGCUUCAAAUAUGGGACACAGCAGGCCAAGAAAGAUUUCGAACAAUCACCUCCAGUUAUUACAGAGGAGCCCACGGCAUCAUAGUUGUGUAUGAUGUGACAGAUCAGGAGUCCUUCAAUAAUGUUAAACAGUGGCUGCAGGAAAUAGAUCGUUAUGCCAGUGAAAAUGUCAACAAGUUGUUGGUAGGGAACAAAUGUGAUCUGACCACAAAGAAAGUAGUAGACUAUACAACAGCAAAGGAAUUUGCUGAUUCCCUUGGAAUUCCAUUUUUGGAAACCAGUGCUAAGAACGCAACGAAUGUAGAACAGUCUUUUAUGACGAUGGCAGCUGAGAUUAAAAAGCGAAUGGGCCCUGGAGCAACAGCUGGUGGUGCAGAGAAGUCCAAUGUUAAAAUUCAGAGCACCCCAGUGAAGCAGUCAGGUGGAGGUUGCUGCUAAAAUUUGCCUCCGCCCUUUUCUCACAGCAAUGAAUUCGCAAUCUGAACCCAAGUGAAAAACAAAAUUGCCUGAAUUGUACUGUAUGUAGCUGCACUACAACAGAUUCUUACCGUCUCCACAAAGGUCAGAGGUCGUAAAUGGUCAACACUGACUUUUUUUAUUCCCUUGACUCAAGACAGCUAACUUCAUUUUCAGAACUGUUUUAAACCUUGUGUGUGCUGGUUUAUAAAAUAAUGUGUGUAAUCCUUGUUGCUUUCCUGAUACCAGACUGUUUCCCGUGGUUGGUUAGAAUAUAUUUUGUUUUGAUGUUUAUAUUGGCAUGUUUAGAUGUCAGGUUUAGUCUUCUGAAGAUGAAGUUCAGCCAUUUUGUAUCAAACAGCACAACCAGUGUCUGUCACUUUCCAUGCAUAAAGUUUAGUGAGAUGUUAUAUGUAAGAUCUGAUUUGCUAGUUCUUCCUUGUAGAGUUAUAAAUGGAAAGAUUACACUAUCUGAUUAAUAGUUUCUUCAUACUCUGCAUAUAAUUUGUGGCUGCAGAAUAUUGUAAUUUGUUGCACACUAUGUAACAAAACAACUGAAGAUAUGUUUAAUAAAUAUUGUACUUAUUGGAAGUAAUAUCGAACUGUAUGGUGAUAAGUAUUGUUUUAAUUCUUAUGGUAAAAGGGAAAUAGAGCCUUGCAUUAUACUCAAAACAGCCAUUUGUGUGUGCAGCCAGGGCAUUUGUAGACCUGUAUAGCACAGCAUCCAGUAUUUGCUUUCUAGACAAAUAGCUCUGAUAAAUGACCUGCAUUUAUCAGUAGGCUUCUGUGCUGAGUAGGACUUAACCAAAUUUAGUGGUCCAAGGAGCUCAAAUUGUAUGGAAAAAAAGUUUAGAACGUAUUCUAUCUUAGCUCAUCAUCUCUGAUCCUUCUAAAACCAUUCGAAAUGUCUUCCCUGAUCAACAUUUCUUUAAUUCAUCUGUGGUAGAGGUGGAGAGAAGCACACCCUCCCUAACAGGCAAAUGAUCAGGUAAUGUGUGCUGUUAUUUGUUCCACACUGAGUCAGGUGCCGACUGUUUUAUCCUUCACAGUUGUGUAAGUCAUGUUGGAGGAGAGUUUAAGCAUUAAAGUAGAAAGCAAGAAACUUGAUUGCCCUAAUUUUAGGAAUUAUCCCUAAAUUUAAUUAACUGAAAACAUGAAUUCUAGAUGGGAAUGAUAAAUGAGAAAUAUAUUUAUUUCUGUGAAAUUUUUGCCUGUGCAUAAAUUUUGUUAGAACCUCUACGAUCUAGGGUUUUUAUUUUAUCGUGAGAAACAAAAUCAUUUGCCGACAUAAGCAUUUUAAGGUGACAGAGAUCAAAGUUUGUUCCAUUAGAUAUAAGUAAUGGCCAAACAUUCUUCAAUGAGAGCUCAGAUGUGUUGGCAACACAUUUUACUGUGGGGUCUGUAAUGUAAAAUUUAAGUGCAAAAAAAAAGCCAAAAAUUAUAGGUUACUUUAUUUUUCAUUAAACAGGCAAUUGAAAUACAUGGUACAAAAAUAAGUGGUAAGAUUACUGUAAAAUGAAAUGGACAGAAUAAAUAUUCAAUUUAAUUUUCCACCUAUGAGAAUUUCACAAUAAAAUCAUAGUUUACUUUGUAUUAUAGACGUGCUUCUUGGAUCUAUUCAUCCUUACAUAAGGCAACUGAAAAACCUGAAGAUAACAAGUUACUUAUCUUUUUUAAUGUUUUUUUUUUCUUUUUAAUAUGGUAUCAAGGGGGAAAGAGUUCAGAACAUAGCUAAACAUAGCUAAAUGAUACAAAACAAGCAUUAUACAACGUGAUGCUGCUGUGCACUUUAGUUUUAUAUAGCAACAGCUGUUGGCUUAUUCUUGGCAGGUUAGCACAAACACUAUGUGAGUUUUAUGUGUGAGCAUAUUUACAGACUUAAUUUGGGAAAUUCUAGUGUUCUUCCUUCCAUGGCAGUCAAGGUUAGGACUUACCACCACAUAUUUAUUUCAGCAUGCUUCACUAUUUGCUUUUAUGUGUAUGACAAUAAAUGCAGUUUUGGAACAUAAUGUAUUUCCAUUUCUAACCCUAUCUUCAAGUACACCAAACAUUUCAAGGAUACUGUGUAACCUGUUCACAUUAAGGGGAACUUACCACUUGUCAUGUUUUAAGUGGCUGCCAUAAGUUAGCUCACCUAAUGAGUGUUGUUAGCAGUGGCAAGUUCUGGGAAAUUCUUACAGAAUGGCAGCUGCUAUGGUUAUGGUAUGACCAGUAACCUUCUAUGCUCUGGCCUUGGAGAGAAAUUCCCUUUAGAAUGGAAUAUAUAAUUGCUGUUUCAGCAUUAUCUUGCAUCAACCUUUUUGCGAUUUAAGUUUCAAAACCACCCUAUAUUGCAAUAGUGUCCAUGGUCAUGCUUAGCCAUGACUCUACAAAAACCCAAUCUUGAAACUGCCAUUUUAGACUUUGGUUUUGCCACUCUGCUGUGGACUACUAACAAGUUUUAUUCUAGUGUUGGCACCACAACGUGCCAACCAGUCUGGCCACUUAAAUCUAACCUGGCCGUGUUGGCCCAUGGAAAUGCUUCUGGCAGCAUCUUCCUAGGUUGAAACAAUUUCAACUCAAAUUUCUUCACACGCAGCUAAAGAAAUAUUCUUUGGUUGUGUUGAUACUCCUAAGUGGUAUUCACAGCUAGGUUCAGAGUUAGUCCCCUUUAGCCACAAAAAGUCACAUCCUUUUUAUUCCAAUGAGGAUGAUCAAAAGUAUCCUAGGCCAUCUCCAGGUACCAUAAUUUUGAGAAAGCAAAGUACUUCCUUGCUUUCCUGUCAGUUGAAGCUAAUCACACAACUAGACAUUGAGCAGGAAUACGAAUGCCACAUUCUAUGUUCGACUGGUGCAAUAUUGGCCAGUUUUUUUUUUUUUUCUGUAAGGUCACUUUCAAUUUUUAUAUUGAUGAAACUGAAUGGGUUUCAUUUUAAUAUACUCAGUGGAAAGGCAUGCUUCAUUUUGUAGUCACAUCAAAGGUGAAAUGUAUCAUUUUAAAAAGCCAAUUCUAGGUUUUUAGAAAUGUUUUACAUAUAUUGUUACUUUAGAUGAUCAUUUGCUAGGGAGGUGUUUUGUCUUUUGAAAACUCAUGUGGAGUUAAGAUAAUAUGAAGAUGGCCCAAUCAUGAGACAGUUCAAUUCCGAGCACACCCUUAAAUACUGUAGUAAAUCACACCACGAUAGCAAGAUACACAAAAUACCAUAUUCUGUAUGAUGCUACUAUUGAAUGGCUUGUUUUUAAAUAUUAGAAUUUGCUGUUUUCCACUGCCUAUAAAGUCUGAGAAAUUCUGAAGCAUAAAAAUCACAACAGAACUUUAGAUUCUAUUGCUACUGUCUCUUAAAGUCCCAAAAUGGUACUACAAAUAACUGACAGCUUUGUUUCAAAAAGCUAUAGAAUGGAUGCUUUAAAUGCUUGAUCCAUAAAUGUUUUUUUCUUUUUUCUAUAAGGUUCCCAACAACAAAAUUUUUUUCCCUUAAGAGAACAAGGCUGUGUUACUGUAUCCAUACCCUUCCCUAACUUUGGACUAGUUUUCCAAGUCAGAAAAGCAAUGAAGGGUAAGUCUUCCCAGAGGUAGCUUUAAGCUUGAAAAGUAGUCCACAGCCAUGCUGAAGCAGAGGCAGGUCUUCAACUUCCUGACAUGUUUUUUUUUUUUACAAUAUCUGUCAGUCAGGCAGGAAGAUGAAGAACUAAGCCCCGAAUGGCAAACGAUAUCAUAAUGCCCAAA